AUGUCCGUCACUUCUCGUGAGAUCGGAACCCUCAUCGUUGUGGUGCUCAAGGCGAAAAAUCUACCGAACAAGAGGCACAUAGGAAAACAAGCACCGUACUGCCUGAUAACUCAUAAUGAUCACAAACGCCGGACCAGGGUGAUCAAACGCGGUGGCCAACAUCCGGAGUGGGACGAAGAAUUUCGGUUCACUAUCUAUGAAGAUAUGGAAGCUGAAAUCCCAAAAUCUGCAACGAGGGACGAACUUCCACCUCCACUACCACCGAAGAGGUCAAAGGGACCUAAGAAAAUCAAGGGUGGAUGCCUCAUGAAACUGCAGUGUUACGCAGAUGAUAUCCGUGACCCUGACUUUAUUGGGGAAACCCUCGUUGACCUCACAGAAGCUCUGACGAAGGGCGAAACAGAUGAGUGGUUUGCGUUAAUGAACAAAGACAAGUAUGCCGGAGAGGUCUACCUCGAGUUAACCUUUUGGUCGAAUGAGCCACCACCUGAAAAACGUUACCCUCAAAAACCGAAGACGCCAAAUAGAACUUAUGGCGGUCCGGGGUCCUUCACACCAGUAGAGACAGGUUCCCAUCCACCAAACAGCGAUGCCCCUAUCGUUCCUUCUCGAGGAAGAAUCAGUGACGUUGAUGGCAGUCACCUUAAUUCAUUACCAUCUUCUCUUAGGUCGUCUCGUCUUGAACUAUACUCCGCACCCUACGAGAAAAGCAAUCGGGUUUCCGCUGGGACAGUGGACCACUUGGCAGAAGAUUUCUCUGAGUUAGGCAUGAUGGAUAGUCGAAGAAGGGAAAGCUACCCACCUGCUAACCAUACCAUACGUCCAUCAACUUCGGCAAGCCUUAGUUCUCAACACUCAUACAGCCCGAACUCGCAUAGCCAAACCGACAUCUCAGGCUUUGUUUAUGACGUGACAGGUUCCGCAAAUACAGGCCCCCCUCGGUAUCAUACCCCAUACGAGAAUGCUGCUUUAUCCGGACAUGCUGGUCCUCGAUAUAGCAUGCCAUCGACUUCUUCUGGUUUUGUACCGGUGUCAACGACUACGCCUACUCCAACGUCCCUUGGGGGAACGCCAUCAUACUUACCGGAGGGCCAUGGUUUCAACCACUUACAUGGGUACUCGGUACCCCCCCCUCCUCCCCCACAUCCUGUACCACCAUCCAGCUUCCAGUCUCAGUAUCUUCAGCGCUCCGCCACCGUCCACACUUCAGCUCCCACUACACCUACCCCUCCAGUGGCACCUAAUCCGCCGGCUGCCACUUCCCAUCACACCCCGCACUUGCAGAACUCGUAUCUACAGUAUUCUCAUUCUCCAGACCAGAUUGUUGUUCCAUUCCCGUUGCAUUUUAACAUGUCACAAGAACAUUUCAAUGGGCCCUCCGUUCCCCCGUCGUUACCGCCGUCUUCGUUAGCACCAACUGGACUUUCGACUCCUCCACAGGUGCGUCCCAGGUACGCUUCCACGUCGUCACCCCCCCCGCGGGAGUAUCUACCACCGGCUCCGGUUCACAACACUACUCCUACUGGGUCGCGGCCACUACCGCAGCCUGGUCAGUCUCAACGAGAUCGCCGUAAGUCAGUGGCUGGGUUCAUUAGCAGCGGUUCGUAUCCAGGCAUUCCACCAGCCCCUCAGUACCACCGUGUCCCGUCUUCCCACACGACGCCUCCUUUGCCUCCUCCGCCAGUACCCCAUGAGCUGCCAAAUGUUCAGACACCUUCACUCCCAAACCCUUUCCCUGAGGCACAAGGUCAUGGGAAUACCUCUCGACCCGCCUUACCUCAGCCGCCGGUUGGCUAUCACUCAGGGUCCAAGUACCCGUCGCUACCCCCUCCACAACCAGACAUAUCUCUGAACAGACAGAUGCCUCCGGCUUUACCCUCGUCGUCCUUCGGAAAUGGAACCUAUUUACCUGGAUUCCCACCGCAGGGAUCCCAACCACACACCAACUAUGGACAGAUUUUACCCUCUUCACCCUUACCAGCGGACUGGCAGAGAGCAUUUUCAUAA